AUGAAAAAAAACACAAUUAAUCCAAGUAAAUAGAAUGAAUGCAUUUUCGAUCUUCUACCUGAAGCAUCUCCAACACUUUAGACUGAAUUCAAGAAAUAACAACCAAUUAAAUAAGAAACCUCAAUUACCAAUACUCAAGAUUAAACAGAUAAAUAUGGUUUCAAGUCACAAAAAGAAUUGAAAUAGAAAAAUGAUCCAAAAACUCUGAAUGCCAGAAUACAAAAAUGGAGAAUCAUGAUUGAUCUCUUUGAUAAACAAGAAAAACCAGAUAAAAAAUUACUUAAAAAUAGAACUCGCAAAGUAUUAUACUGCUUAUCAAAAGGGCAUUCCUGAUGGUUUCAGAAACUUAGCUUGGCCAUAUUUAGCUGGAGUACCACAAGCAAAAAUAGAUUCCAUCAUUUAUUUGAAAUGUGGAAAAUAUGAGGAAUUCCUCAAAAGUCAAGAAUUUAAUUUUGAACAUUAGAUCAGAUUGGAUGUUCUACGUACAUUUCCUGAUAAUGUUAAUUUUCAAGUAUUCAUUGAUAUAACUAAAAGGAUUAAACUGUUUUGUCUGAAUCUCUUGUAAAUGUUCUUAAAGCCUUAUCUGUUGCUAUUUCUGAUAUGGGUUAUUGUCAAGGCUUAAACUUCCUAACUGCUGCUCUUAUUAUGGUCACAAAUGAUGAAAAUGUAAAAUAUGAUUCAAUUAUAUUAGGCAUUUUGGAUUUUAUUUCGUCUAAUGACUAAAUAUCAACAAGCAGAAAAAUAUAAAAAUCCAAGUUCACUUCUGAGGGAAUUCUUUAUCUUGGAUUGCUUGAUAAAUCAAUACUAUCCAACAACAGCAAAAAUCUUAAAGAAGAAUAACAUUGAUUUGUUCUAUUUUGCAACUGAAUGGUAGAAUAUAGAAUUAUAUUGUAAAGGUUUAUCACUCUAUUUGCAUCUACUUUACCAAUAGAUCUAUUCUAUAGAGUCUUUGAAAUAUUUCUUCUCGAGGGGGAAAAAACUCUGUUUAGAUGUGCCUUGGCUAUAAUUCAUUUUAAAGAGUAGAAAUUAAUUUAAUUAUAAAACAAUUUUGAAAUAAGCUUGAGACACUUAAAAUCUUUAGAUGAUUUCUUCACUAUUGAUAAUGAUCAAUUUAUAUACGUCAUGUUUAAUAAAUUCAAAUUCUCUUGGUAGUUAAUCUAAUAAUUAGAAGAGAAGUACAAAAAAUAGAAAAAAAAAUGA